ACUUACACGGCCACCUGGACAAACGUCCGCAACUGGGUCGGCGGAAAAGGUUGGAACCCCGGCGGUCCCAAGGUUGUCCAAUACAACGGGACGUGGUCCGGCAGGAACGUCAACUCGUACCUCGCGCUAUACGGAUGGACCAAGAAUAGCCUAAUCGAGUACUACAUCGCCGAAAGCUUCGGCUCGUAUAACCCCAGCAGCGGGACUUCGCGCCUCGGCACCGUCAGCAGCGACGGCAGUGAUUACGACAUCUACCGCACGCAGAGAGUGAACCAGCCUUCGAUCGUUGGGCGUGCCACCUUCUAUCAGUUCUGGUCGGUUCGCAGGAAUCAUCGCGUAGGAGGUACCAUCACUGUAGCCAAUCACUUUACUGCUUGGGAGAAAAGUAACCUCAAGUUGGGCACUCACGAUUACAUAAUCUUGGCUACCGAAGGUUAUGGAAACAGUAGUUCUUCUGCAAUCACGGUAAAGGAGGUUAGUAUAGAGGGGGUUCCCCUGUCCCAAUAA